GUUCAAUAUGUGAGCGCGUAUCGUGUAAAUGUACGUUACCACAAUGUUAAAACUACUUGGUCGGUACAUUUGAUAUGGACUGCCAAAUUGAAUGUAGAUGACAUCGCACAACUACAUUAUUGGUGAUUUUAUUACAUAUAUGAGUAUCACGUAAUAAUGUCCAGAUUGUCAUUUAUUUUUAAUUCAAAUUUACUGCGAAAUAUCAAACACAUGAAUUUUUUAGAUCUCUUAAUGACUAGGGAUAGUAUAACGAGAAGAAGAUUGUCAGAACUAUGUAGUGGCUGUUAAGGUGGAUAGUGAUACUCGCCUUCAGGUCUGCAUAUCUCACAUGAGUACUUUGUUUCUACACUUUCAGUAAAACGAAAAUCUCGAAGUGAGACUACAGCACGGAUGUCUUCGUUAUUCUUUGCAUCUAGAUCCACUGAGGUAUGCUAGAAAGACGCGGAUAUCGUUCACUUCAUAUUAGUCGUUUACAAUUGAAACGAUGGUCAUCUUAUCUUGCUACUGCAUUUGCGAUUCUCUCAUUUGUUUUUAUUUCUGGUGGAAUUUGGCUACUUGAAAAUAAUCGGAUCGAGUCUGAAAUUAUCGGCAGGCGAUAUUACUACGAAGAAGGAGUUUUGUUUGUAAUCAUUGGGAUACUAUUGCUUCUUUCGCUUGUUUGUCAAGCUUUUAUGAUUCAUCUAUUGUUUGUUGCAAAAAAGCCAUGGAGAUUUACUGAAGUCAAGGUAAAGAGAGCAAUUGCACUGUAUUUAGUUUUUCUGUUUGCAGUGACAAUUCCUCAUAUUUAUUGUUUGUAUCAUGUGAAAACAAUUAGAACAAAAUUAAUAUGGUCAAUUAAAGAACAAACUGAAGAGGCUUUGAUUAGUUUGUACGGAUUCGAACCUGAUUUUACAUCUGCAUGGGAUCAUCUACAGUCUCAGAGUGAAUGUUGUGGAUUUUCGGGUCCUCAAAUAUAUGCCUCUUCAAAAUGGAAAUACAGUCAACCUAAUUCUUCAACUUUUAUCAGCUUAGUACCUGAUUCUUGUCUUACACUUAAAAGUUUAGAAGAACAAGUACUUGAAGAUAUAAAAACCAAGUCUGAUUAUGAAGAACCUAGACAAGUGACUUUUCAAAAAGGAUGCGCAGAAUUUCUUUAUACUCAUAUAGAAGGUGUUCUAAGCGGUUCGUUUAUCGUACCGGUUAUUUCUCUUGUGAUUGUAUCUUUUUCAUUUGUUCUUGGAAUCGUUUUGUGUAAUUUCGUGGUGGUUGGAGAAGAAAUUUAAAACAAUGAGAAAGAUAUUUAACAUCAACUCAAUUAUCAUCAGGCUAUUUUGAUCUGAUCUGAUCUGAAGAAAAUCUCCAGUUUUUUUUCCUUUUUAAAGACCAAACUAUAAUUUCACACUUGCUUUCGUUUUUUUUUCUUUACUUAAUUUAUUUUUUAGAGGAAAUUGUUUAUUUGCUAUUACGAAUACUAAUGUUAUUGCUAUUACCGUCACGAUUUUUUUUUCUGUUUAGAAAGUUUAUUUUUCAAUCAGUUACUCAUUUUUUUCACCAUUAAUUUUCUCGUUGAUUUGAAUUGCGAGAAAAAGUAUCUGAUCAAGUAUGAUUUUAUCAUUUUUAUUAUUAUUUACUGCUUAGCCCGCCUUAUUACUUUUAUUACUCUACAUUAUUUUGUCUGUAUAUUCACUGAUUUAUACAUACAUGAAAUGUAUUAGCCUUUUAUGAUGAAUAAAUCAAUUCAUGAUGAUUAUGAUAAAAUGAUUUAUAUUAUUGUUUUUUUUUCCAAAGAGAAAUCUACUUAGUGUACAUUAUUCCAUGGGAUUAUUUUAAUGUAUAUUUAGCUUUAA